AUGGCUUCCAUUGACACCAUCGAGAUUGGCCAAGAAAUUGAUAAUCGUUUAGAACAACAUUGUUCUUAUAUCCCAUGUGAUCUUUUCAACCUAGAAUUAAGGUUUCGUUAUGUUUCAUCUCUUAACUUAGAAACAACCUUAGAAACUUUUAAUCAAUCCCUCAUGUAUCGACGUGGCAUGCUUUUAUCUGAAGAGUACGGUCCAAACAUGGUACUUUCCAUGUUUGCAAUCACGGGUGCAUCUCUACAGUUCAUUCAAACUGUCAUUGUUCCUGAUAUCUUGUCUUUCGCGCAGGAAAUUGAUAGUGACCCCUUGACUGAUGAUGAGAUUGAUCAGGAGUUGACAGAUGAUGAAGUUGAUCAGCUGUUGACUGAUGAUGAGUUUGAUCAGAUGGUAACCGAUGAUGAGGUUGAUCAAGAGCUGAUUGAUGAUGAACCUGCUAGUAAUUCAUCUAUUCAAGCAUUGAAACGGUUUAAAUGGGGUGAUGAAGGUCGCCUACCCUUCAAGAAGAGGAGAUUACUCGAUGGUUUAAGUUCAAAGAAUGAGUGUAUGAUCCGUUUCGAUGAGUUCUCCGAUGAUGACAAGGCUGCUUCGAUGCCUUGUGGACAUGUUUAUCAUGAUGAUUGCAUCGUUAACUGGUUGGAGACCAGUCACUUGUGCCCUGUGCCGAUACCAGAUGCCCAGUUGAUUCGAUUUUGA